AUGAAUCGAGCAACAAGGAGUGUUUUGCAUGGACUCACUGCUCCUCAUCGUCACUCUAGUCCAAGAACACCCCAUAUUUUUACUAAAAGAAACUAUCUAUUGUCCGGUGACGACAGUCUGAACCAAUCCACAACUACUAUAAAUGCUCGUACUGAACCUACUAUUACUAGCGAGCAUCCAAACAGUAAUGCAUUUAAAAUAUGGCCUACUAUUACAAGUCAGCCUCCUAGAGAAAUCAUUAAGCCAGAAAAACGAUCUCGUAUCUACAUUGACACUGAGAAUACCUCGGUUGCUCUGCGAGAAGCAUUGUUGUCAAGUGAGCUCAAAAAGGCUUGGACUGCUUACCGUUUACUGCCUGCUUCAGAGUGCUUGCUGCUGACACAUGAAGAUCACUCGACCUUGCUUGGUUUACUCACUGCACAUACACAUUCAACUAUUGCCGAAGCCCAUUCUGUUACUGUCAUUUUUCGUAUGCGAGAGCAUGAUAUUCACUUGGACAUUCGAGACUAUCACAACCUAAUGCGAAUCUAUUUAGCCAACAACAAUGAAGCCAAGAUGUUGGAUGCCAUGAAGACUAUGCAAAAGGUGGACGGUGUACAACCAGACUUGAUCUGCUAUAAUUUACUCAUGGCUCUCUAUGCCAAAAGUAUUCCCAGGCGACUAGAUAUGCUGACAAAUACUUGGAUCGAAUCUCUACGACAGAUGCCUUGGGCACGUUUAGCGAACAUGGACGGAUGGGCGAUCUUGAUUGAUGGAUAUGCUCGCGGCGGGGACGUAGAAGGUGCUGAGAAAAUGUAUGAGCAUGUCAAAAGCAAGGCAGAAUCCGCUGGAAUGGAGAUUCCAGCGCAUGUUCAUGAGGCUGCCAUUCGCAUGUACGGACUUGCUGGAAAGCUGACUGACGCUUCUCGAGUGUUUGAUUUUGUUUUGAGACGUGAAGGUCCGUCCACCCAGUCCAAAACUGUGGGAUCUGCCUAUCAGGGUGUAAAUGAACACUUGUACGAUGCCAUGAUUGAGGCAUGUCAAGCCUGCAAUAAUCUGGGCCUGGCAACCAUGUAUUUUAAACAAGUUAUGGACAUGUGCGAUCAAUGGGAUGAAUGGUGGACUGCCAGCUAUCUUAAUCGCCACAGUUUAAUCACACGAGGAGUGCUUUCACUGCCCAUUAAGCUCACUCCUGUUUACGAUAGAUUUAAACGGAGAGAUGGAUCCAAUUUCAUUUCUGACAAUGAAAAUAGAGGUCAUCUCUGCCUGUUGAUGGAACUGUAUCAAAAUCAAUCUAAAGAAAACUUUCCACGAAACAGAGCGUAUCCUUUAUCUAUUACGUUUGAUCGUAUGAUAUGUCUUGCUGCACAAGCCAACGAUUCACGACUAGCCUUUGAAUAUCUAUGCAUGCAUAUUGCACACAACAAACCUGAAGACAUUUCAUUUGAAUAUGUGAUCCGUAUGUAUAUACGUAUGGGAAAUAUUGAUGCCGCUCAUCAAGUGUAUCGGGCCAUGGCUUACUUUGGAUUUCGCCCAUCUGUUGAGAUUGCUGCUGCCAUCACUUCAUAUGGCCCAUUAGAUCCGAAUGCUCCUACUACAUUCUGA